AUGAAGCUGGUAUACAUAACUUUGAUAACUGUUUUCGCCGGUGCUACCAGAGCUGCUCCAACGUUUAGUGGGAAAGCUCCGACGCUUUUACAGCCAGAAUUGCAAGUAGAAACCAUCAAAAGCAGAAGUUUUGGAACCGGUUUGGACUACCUCUUUAACCCCGAUUGGAACAAUGAUCUUUUUAAAUACUACAAAUUUCCUUACUCGUUCGACUUAGGAGCUACGCAAGUUCCGCAACAAAAUAUCGAUUUGCUCAACUUCAACCAUCAUCAUCAUCAGGGAUUAUUUAAUCAGGAAGCUAGUCACAAACCGCUCCCGGGUCAUGUUUAUAAUAUUCAGCUAUUUUUCGAGGACAUACCGCACACGAAGCUCCUGCUGGAGAAUCAAGAGAACCGGAAACUCAACGAAUUGCCUUUAAAUAAUUUGGGUUCCUUGAGGGUGGGACAUCCCUUCGAACGUCCAUUAUUUGGAUCAUUUAAGUAG